GUUAAGUCUCGGACCAACUCUCAUGGAUGAUUUGACUGUCGAAGAUGAGAAGAAGCCUUUCGAGGCCGAACACAAUGAUGACGACGCUCAACCAGACCCUGAUGAGGAGCUAAUGUUGGACAAGGGAAACGGGAGAGUAUGGCUUGUCAAGAUACCAAAACAUCUCAUGGCUCGCUGGGCAGCCAUUGACGCAGAGGAUAUUCAUCUUGCCACAAUCCGGGUGUACAAAAAUGCCAUCAAUUCAUCCGGUCGAUCCCCUCGCAUCUUCUUGUUCUUGCCGCCUGACCCGAAUGACACAACCCCACGGGAUUCAAGCCUGCCGGUCUUUUCUCCGGACGCAGCUUUCAUACCUUCUGUUGAGGGGGGCAUGCAAGUAGACAGAUAUGAACUUGAAAUGGUCAACGAAGACGUUGAGAAUCAGCUGGUAGUCGCAGAACGUCCCAAAGACCCUGGACCUUCUGGACCAAACUCCAACUCGUAUAACCCUCGAGCUAGAACGACCAUCCUAACGGGUCGCAUCAAACAUGAAUGUAAUUUGCGUCCUCUUUUCAACGAGUCAUACAGGCAACAAAUGCGCGAACGAACUCGAAAAUAUAAUACCCCACGAAGGCAGAUCCUAAUGAUAGAAGAUGCUGGUGUUAGCCGCGGAGGCAUUAACAGGUUGAGCAGUGGAGUCAACUCAGGAUCGUUUGCGAAUAUGAUUAAAUUUCGACCCAAACCUGCCAAGGGCACAUUUGAGCGUAUGGCGCGUAUGCCACGCAACCAACUCCUGGAUCUUCUAUUCACACUCUUUCGCGAGCAACCCCGGUGGAGCAUCAAGCCAUUGCGCGAGCGUACCCAGCAGCCCGAGGCAUAUCUCAAGGAGGUCCUUCUUGCUAUUGCUACCUUGAAUCGCAGCGGAGAGUACAAUGGAAUGUGGGAGCUAAACGAUGUGUUCGCCAAAGAAGGGAUGAAAUCCGAAAAUGUCCCUGGACCAAGUUCUCUUCCAGAAGGAGCCUCCGGUGAUAUGGGGAUGGAUGAAUAUGAUGAGGACGAGGAUGAGGAUGAGGACAUGGAGGAAGUUUCAUAGGUUUGCAUCACGGACAGGUCUGGUUGUUUCUUCCUUGUUUUCCGCUCAUCAUGUAUAUAUAGCUGCCUUCCAUUAACAUGCGCAGUUAUUGAACCAGUUC